GUGCUUCCCCACAUCGGCUUUGAUGACAGCUGAAAAGUGACUCUGAGACCUGGAGAGGAGCUACGUGCCUGAGUGACGGCAAUCAGAGGCAGACAUGGAAAGUUUGAGUAAAAAUGUGGGGAAGGGUUUGGCAGGAGGCUCAGUUAGACCUGCCACAUUCAGUUUUGYGCCCGUGGUGAGCAAGCUGCCAAAUUCAAUUAAAGGAAUUCUUAAAAAAGACGAGACAUCUGCAGGAAAAUCAGACAAGAACGAGGCCAUGUCCUACGAGAAGACAGCCGGGGGCGGCAUGUCAGCGGGGGAACCUUUCAAAGCAGAGAUGGUCUUUAUCAGGGACUUUGUGGAAACAGAAAAAGCAAAUAUAACCCGACUGGGAGCAGAACCUCAAUUGCGGUCUCUACCAGAUCACAGGAACUCYUCUCAAACCAGAGCUCCUCCUUCAGUCGACGCUCAGUCUGAAAAUACCCCUGACCAUGCAGCCGUGGGGACGGUCUCCAUGGGAUCAGCUGUUGAUAAACACAGGGGCAGUUCCCGGCAGCAGUGUCACAAUAUCUCUGGACAUUCUGAAGACACACUGGCUUGCUUUACGCACGAGAGGCCUGUUCCAGAAGACAGAACGAGCCCCACCAGCUCCCCAGACCUGUUCCCCACCCCGGCCUCGUCCCGCGAGUCUAUCCUAAUGUCCCCGACCUCUUUCAGCCGAACGGUUUCUCCGUGCUCGUCCGUUCGCUCGGGUGUCUUCUCUCCUUCAAUCAUCCGGAUCAAGAGGCACACUCUGGCUUCUGGAUCUAGCCUGAUUAGCACCCCCCAGACCUGUUUCUCAUCUUGCGACAGUUUGUCGUCUUCCUGUACGCAGACCCCCACCCCCCGGCACCGACCUCCCGUCACCCGCCUCUCCCUCCUGACUGCCAUCCUCAGGAAAGGUCGUCUCCCUGUCCUGUCUUCCCCGCUGCAGAGACCCUACACCCCCUGCUGGCCUGUCAAUCCCGUGACCCUGUCCUUCUGUAAGGCAUGCUCUGCUGCCUCCAGCGUGGCGUCCAUUCCCUUUGAGUUUUCCUCCCGGUUCUCCUCGUCCGCCUCCAUAGACGGUCAGAGCCACGUUUGCAGGGAGGCCGCUGUUUCCCCGACCGUGGAGUUGAGCGCUCACGACAGAAAAUGCCCUCAAGCUCAGGUGAACCUUAGACAGACGCAGGUGAUUUCUCCUCCGCCGACAAAGAGCAAACGCCCUCAAGCGCCUUUGUUUUCAAGUGUCACCGCCGUUUCUCCACCGAGGCGUGAUAACUCUGAAAGAACACCACACAGAUCCGUCUUGCAUGAGCCGAGGCCCGGCAACACGUUCCUCAAGGACUACGCCGAUAAUGGCAUCAGAAAUCUCACCUCCUCACCCUCUGAACAUAAAAGUGAGCCUCCCGUCCCCCAGAGCUGGACUCGUCAACCGGCUUCAUCUCUCUCACGGCUCCAGAUGCUCUCUCAGCAGCUGAGAUCUCCGCCCGUCUCCCCAUCUUCCCAUUCACACAGCUCACCUCACCCUGUUUGCGCAGACGCCGCACCCCCCCGCCCUCAUUCAACUCCAGCCACCAAGGCUGGAGGGUUCGAGUCGGUGGGGGGCUGGCCCGGAACCAGGAGUACCACUCCCUCCAAAGCUGUCCACAAAACCCACUGCCUGUCUCCUUCUCGAUACAAACCCAUUGUCCUCUCUGGGUGGGUGACCCCCGCAGACUCCCCCACACCCACACCCUCCCCUGCUCCGCAAGUCAGAGACUUCACCCCGUCUCCGUCCUUGUCCCUGCGCUCCACUCCCUCGCCAAGGCCGGGGAGUGGGAUUUCAGACUGCAGCGACAGGGAUGGUAAAAAAAGAAAGACACACAAGAUUAAGCUGAGCUACAAGUCGCUCGCUGCGAUUCCCACAAACACCAUCCUGUUGGAUCAACAAGUGAUUGAUGAGCAGGUAGAGCAGAAUCCCAGUGACUCACAGGACAAACUUGUUACAGACACCCACUCAGAGAUGUGCUCUCCGGCUGAGCUCCGGCAAAAGUCAGAUCAGCUGUACGCGGUUAUUGAUGAAAUACUGGCAAACGCCAUUCCUGAAAAGACCUCAAGGUCACCGAUCACCGUUGGUUCCCAGCAGAACUCUUCAUUGUCGAAAUCCUUGGGGCGUGAAACCAAAUAUGCAUCUUUGUGCAGCUUGCACCCAUCUGCCUGUAAAGAAAGAAACAUGAUGUUUCCUAAAAAGACAAAACUUGGAGUGGUUCGCCCAAUGACAGCCAUUCCAAGACUGACAGUGAAGGAUGAGGAUGAAUUUCAGUCCAGUCCUUACGGGCAGCUUUUCAAGCAAACUUCAGCUGACAAGAAAAAGGUGGAAAGCAUCAGUCUUGAAGAAACGCGGACAGAUUUGUUGUCAAACUCAAAAGGAAGAUUGUUGAAAGAAGAAACGAUGCCAGAAAGACGAGGUUUAUUCUCUUUGUGCGAGUUGCACAUAAAAGAGCCCGGUGAGCACAUCGGUCCUCCCGGACAAAAGGCAGCGACGUCUUUCAGUGCUACAGAGAAGAAUAUGGAAACGUUUGAAGCUUGUAUCUGAAGCGAAAAGUUCUUUCAUGAUUUCCGUAAACAGUAACCUAGUGAGACACAGACCAUCACAGCUGAAAAUGAAUAAUUUGUUGAUUCUAUGACAAUAAAAAURAAAAAAGGACUUAACCAGAACAAAUUAAAGGGUUGCUCAUAUUUGAACCCCUUAUUAUGUGAGUCUUUUAAUUUAUUGUGUUAUUUGUUAAUUAAAAUUCUGAAAAUUUAAAUUAUUUUUAAUCAGUUUUUCAUUUCCGAAUGUGAUGGACAAAGAUGGUCUUCUGUCUGACUUUCUUCUGCUUUCUUUUGACGUGUUAAAACCCAACAGGCAUUAAUUGGCUUUAAUAGAAAUCUGACGGCUAUUUUAAGCUGCCAAACUGAGCCUGGAAURGAAAUCUGGCUCUGACAGCUGAACGGUGCCACAAUGUUUCCUAAAAAGAGAAAUCCGAGUAUAAAUAAAUAAAAGUCAUGAGAAAGCACCAGGGGUUAAUUCAGAYAUGAUGCUGACAUGUUCAGUUGCCAACAGAUUAAUGAAAAGCAGAGCAUGCCUCAAAGGGGCUUAGACUGAGAAUAGAAAACACAUUUAAUUUAAAAAAAAAAAAGCUUACAGAGCUGCAAAAGUUACCUUAAACUUUGAUCCAGACACUUGGAAGUCAGAUCAGCGUCUGAAUAUUUGAMAAGUGAAAGAACUGAACUGCACAAAUAAGCAAAUUUCCAUUUCAUCAGCUGACAUAGGUUUCACAAUUUGUUUUUUAAAUAAAAAAAUAUCAAAAGGAAAAACUAAAUAAGGGGUCUCAUCACUGKUGGCGCCUUCAGCACUAGGUUAGUUCGCAGUUCAAGUGUGAAGCGGUCGGGAUGAGAGUCAKUUCCUUUGAAUUAUGAGGCCWYGGUUCUCGACUGGAAAGAAUGAGAUCCUGGAUACGUGUGGCUGAAAGGAGCUUCCUUGGUACAGUGGUUCAGCCUUAGAGAUAGGGUGAGGAUUUCUAUCAUCCAGGGGGAUGAUAGGGGGAGUAGAGCUGCUCCUCCACGUCGAAAGGAGUCAUUUGAGGUGGUUCAGGCAUCUGAUUAGGACACCUUUAGAGGUGUUACGUCCCACUGGUAGGAGGCCCUGGGGACAAUCUAGGACUCACUGGAGGGAUUAUGUAACCUCUCUGGCUCAGUAAUGCCUCAAGAUCCUCAGGAUGAGCUGGAAAGUGUCUCUGGGCAGAGGAAUGUUUGGGUUUCUUUCCUGGACCUGUUGCCUUUGCAACCUGACUAUGGAUAAGUGGCCAAAGAUGGAUGGAUGGAUGGAUGGACAGCUACAGUAAAUAUAAAACUUAUUUUACUCAUCUUUAGCUUCGUUGUUGGUCCCCCCUUUUUUUCUUUGUGAUUCUUACUGAACAGUUUCAGACUGAUAAAACAAUAAAAAGUACUUUCUACACAAACA